AUGGAGUCAAACAGAGAUGUGAGGAUUGAAGAGGCAGCAAUACCGAAGCCGGACUCAAAGACUGAAUUGAAGGCCGAACAUCAGGAGGAAUACGAUGUUCCAGCCGGCUAUGAAGAUCCACACAAGGCCGCCCUUGAAGACAAUCCCGAACACGCACAGAAACUCACAUGGCCCGUUCUACUCUCAGCGCUCUUCCUCGGCACCUCCUUCACCGGCCCUAUCAUGUUUGGUUUCAUUCUGGUAACGCCCAUCCUAGUGCAAUUGUCACAAAAGCUGGGCGGCGCUAAUAUCGACUUCUGGAUACCUUCCGGAUGGGGCGCUGCUGCGGCUAUCGGGUUCUCCAUUGCUGGCAAAAUUUCGGAUAUCUUUGGUAGACGAAUUGUCAUCCUUUUUGGUCAAUUCUUGACGGUCAUUGGCGGCAUUGUCUGUUGUACAAGUAAAACGAUGAAUCAGUUGAUUGCUGGAGAGGUCAUUCUGGGAGCGAGCAUCGGGACUGUAUCCGUUGCGUAUGCUGGCAUCUCUGAGAUUUUACCGAACAAAUACAGGGGUAUCGGGCUCGCGUGGACGGAGUUCAACCUCGCAUCAUGGGCUGUUCCAUCAACGCUUCUUGCUAACGCCAUGGUUACCAAGGCGAGCUGGAAGAUCAUGUUUUACCUCUGCAUCGGCUAUGGAGCGUUCAGCUUCAUCGGGACCCUCCUUGUGUACUUUCCGCCCAGCCACCCCCGACCAGAUCAUAAGACGAAGUGGCAAGAGUUCAAGGAGCUAGACUUCGUUGCUGCAUUCCUCUUCGCGGCUGGCCUUGUCGUAUUCCUCUACGGUCUGAACUCUGGUGGCAACACUUAUGCUUGGGGCGACGCUGGAACCGUCGCGCCUCUAGUGCUCGGCCUUCUCACAUUCAUCAGCGCAUUCGUUUACGACGCUUUCGUGCCGGCAGAUCCACUCUUCCCGUGGUACCUCUUCCGGAGCUUUCGUGACUUCUCGGCACUUAUCGUCUUGGUCUUCGUCGCGGGGAUGGUGUUCUUUGCGGCCUCCGCUUUGAACGCCCAGACAAUCCUGUACUUGCACACACCAGACCCGAUCAAGAUCGGUCUUUACUCUCUUCCCUCUGGCUUCGGGCAGCUCAUCGGAGGAUGCCUUGUCCCAGCACUGGUUCAUUACAUCAAACACGUGCACUACCAGCUGACUUUUGCUGUCUUCAUGCAAACGCUCUUCUUUGGCCUCGCGGCACUCAUUACACCUACGAACAUCAACUGGCUCAUGGCGGUGCAAUUCCUUGCUAUGUUCCCGUUCGGUUGGAUCACGCUCAACUGCUAUACAACCGCAUCCCUCAACGUGCCCCAGAGAGAUCUCGGACUAGCCAUAGGCUUGAUCGGGACCUUUAGAUCUGUUGGAGGCUCCAUCGGCUCGGUUAUCUUCUCGUCAAUCUUCGAUCAGACAGCGAAAAAGGAGGUGGCGAAGAGGAUUGCGGCAACUGCGACUGCUGGUGGAGUAGCGUCAUCGUCCGUGGGCGAGCUGAUAGGGGCAGUAACGUUGACGCUCUUAGGUGUUCCAGGUGAGGCGGCCAAACUUUCUAAUGUACCUACAGAGGUCUUUGAUUCUUGCGUUCGGGCGGCACGGUACGCCUACGCAUAUGCGUUCCGGAUUACUUGGUUGGCAUCGAUUCCGUUUGGAGUGGUUGCGCUUCUUGCUGCUAUUGUAGUGCGGGACCCUUCGAAGUACUUCACGAAUCAUGUGGAAGUGCAUCUCGAGAAGAAGAGGGGCGUUGCGCGUAAGACUGAGGCGUAA